AUGACUACCAGGUAUCGCGUCGAAUAUGCUCUCAAGGGCCUGCUGGCUGUCCCGUUUGUGCUGCACUCUCAACCCACAGUUGUCUUUCAUGAGGAGAGCGUCAAAUUAGCUGCCGUGGCCACGGCCACGCAGAAGCGCUAUGCCGAGAUUAUGCGUGAUGUCGAGCUGUUAAUCAACGACCACAUACACCACGAAAACGACAACCUCCCCGGCAAAUCCAAACUAAAACUCCUCGUGCCCGCAGUCGGACAGUUCUUCACCCCUCUUUUACUGGAAGAUGCAUUCAUUUAUCAAGACCAGCGACGACAUAUUAGUCGCCGCCGCUUCGUCGCGCCGUCGUUCAAUGACGUGCGUCUUACCCUCAACACGGCUCAAUUGAUGGGUCUAGUACGCAGUAGCGCAAUCCGUCUGCUUACGUUCGAUGGUGAUGUUACCCUCUAUGAAGAUGGUUGCUGCCUGGCGGACGAUAAUCCUGUUUUGCCGCGAUUGAUACAACUUCUAGGUCAAGGGAAGAAGAUUGGGAUUGUAACGGCGGCGGGGUAUACUGAGCCGUCGCAUUAUUAUUUGAGGCUCAAGGGGUUGCUGGAUGCGGUUAAAGGCAAUGAAUCGUUGACGGAGGAGCAGAAGAGUGGGUUGAUUGUGAUGGGUGGAGAGUCGAAUUUUUUAUUUCGGUAUGAUCAGUCGGCGCCGCAUUUGUUGACGUACGUGCCGAGAUCCGAGUGGAUGCUUGAUGAGAUGCACGCGUGGGAUGAUAAGAAUAUCGAUGAAUUGCUUGAUGUUGCGGAAGCGUCGCUACGAGAGUGUGUCAGCAAUCUCAGUCUACCGGCAAUGGUUCUGAGAAAAGAACGAGCCGUGGGAAUAUACCCUACCAAGGGACACAAGAUGCACCGCGAACAGUUGGAAGAGACUGUUCUCGUGGUGCAGAAUAUGGUCGAGAGAAGCGAAGUGGGCAAGAAGUUGCCUUUUUGUGCAUUUAACGGCGGGAAUGACGUCUUCAUCGACAUCGGCGACAAAUCAUGGGGUGUUAGGGCCUGUCAGCGAUAUUUUGGUGGCAUUGAUCGGUCCAUGACGCUGCAUGUGGGAGAUCAGUUUUUGUCAGCUGGAGCUAAUGACUUCAAGGCGAGAACGGCAUGCACAACAGCUUGGAUCGCGAAUCCCGCCGAGACAGUUCAAUUGCUGGAUGAGAUGUUCGACUUGGAAGGUGAUUAUUCGAAGGGGAAGAAAUAG